ACAUAUACCCUGAGACCCUCCUCUCCAAGUCCAAUUCAAAUAUUUCUAUCCCCAUUCCUCUAAGCUUUUCAUUCAAUCUACUUGAUACCCAAAAAUGAUUUCAUCAUGGAGAAGACGAAGAGCAGCCCGCCACGCGAGCAAGAAGCAAGAUUUGGAUGAUAAUGGUGGAUCAAUGGAGCUAGUGAUACCCAGCCAUUUCCAGUGUCCGAUAUCUUUAGAAUUGAUGAAAGAUCCGGUGACUUUGUCGACGGGGAUAACAUACGAUCGAGAGAGUAUUGAGAAGUGGAUUGAGGCCGGAAAUCGUACCUGUCCGAUCACCAAACAAUACUUGAGGAGUCUCGAGCCGAUCCCGAAUCAUUCCAUCAGAAAGAUGAUACAAGGUUGGUGUGUGGACAACCAGUCUUAUGGGGUGGAGAGAAUUCCCACUCCUAGAAUCCCCAUAAGCUCGUAUGAAGUUGAGGCAAUUCUCUCAAAAGUCGAGGAAGUGAAAGAUCGAGAGGACGGAGAAGGAUGCCGAGAGUUGGUGGUGAAGAUCAAGGCUUUGAUGAAGGACAGUGAGAGAAACAGGAGGUGUAUUAUCUCCAAUGGGGCAGGUAGUGUUAUAUCGGCUACAUUUGAGGCAUUCUCGAAGGCUUCUUUUGAUAAAAAUGUUGCUGUUUUGGAGGAAAUCCUAUCAAUUCUAGCAAUGAUGUUGCCACUUGAUGAAGAGGCCAAGUCUUAUCUUGGAUCAGAUUCAUCUUUACGUUGCAUGAUAUGGUUUCUGAGGCAUGGAGAUUUGUCAGGCCAAAGGAAUGCAGUUUUGGCUCUAAAAGAGACUAUUUCAUCGGGUCAAGUACACUAUUUAUCGGAAAUUGAAGGCGCCAUGGAAGCACUGGUAAAGCUGAUCAAAGAGCCUAUUUGCCUUACAACCACAAAAGCUUCAUUGUUGACCAUUCACCAUAUGGUUUCAUCAUCUAUUGACACUGAGAGGGUUAUAGCAAGGUUUGUCGAGAUGGGUUUGGUGGCAAUGCUUAUAGAGAUGCUUGUGAACUCUGAAAGAAGCAUAUGCGAAAAGGCGUUAGCCGUUUUGGAUGGAAUUUAUAGCUACCAUGAAGGGAGAGAAAAGGCCUAUGAACAUGCUCUCACUAUGCCAGUUUUGGUGAAGAAGUUAUUGAGAGUUUCCGAUUUGGCAACCGAGUUUUCGGUUUCCACCCUCUGCAAGCUCUGCAAGAAUGAAGAAAGAGAAGACGGCGGUGUUCUUGUUGAAGCCCUGCAAGUUGGUGCUUUUCAGAAGCUCCUGUUGGUCUUGCAGGUUGGUUGUAGUGCGAGAACAAAGGAGAGGGCAAGUGAGUUGUUGAAGCUUUUGAAUAUGCACAGAGAGAGGUUGGAAUGUGUUGAUUCAAUGGAUUUCAAGAACCUUAAAAGGCCUUUCUGA